CCCCUGCGUCCUCAGGGACCCCUUCUUCCACGUUCGGGGUCCCUACUCCAGCUCUCAGACUCCCCUUCCCAGAACCGCAGCCCCGGCGCGCCCCGCCCUGCGCCCCAGGGUCCCAGCGGUUGGCUCCGCCCCGGCGGGCCCCGCUCCAGUGGGCCGGGCGCGGGGAGCUAUAAAGUGGCGGGCGCUCUGCAGGCAGCACCCCGGACCCCAGCCUCUGCCCGACGGCCCUGUCCCCCACCCCCGAGAGGACUCUGCCGCAGCCAGUGUCGCCCUGACAACCAGCAGCGCAGCCAAUCAACGCACCGCCGGAGGCCUGGCUGAUUUUAUUUAUAAGUAAUCUACACCCGACGUGGGGCCCGAAAUCGCAACCCCAAGAUCAAGAGUCACCCUCCACGGACAGAGCUGCUUUGCUAAUCCGAUGGCUAGAAGAGUACUGAUCGUCCUGGCCCACCCAGAGAAGACAUCCUUCAACUAUGCCAUGAAGGAGGCAGCGGUAGAGGCCUUGAAGGGGAAAGGAUGGGAGGUCACCGUGUCGGACCUCUACGCCAUGAGCUUCAAUCCUGUCAUCUCCAGAAAGGACAUCACAGGCCCACUGAAGGACCCUGGGACCUUCCAGUAUCCCGUGGAGUCUGUGCUGGCUUAUAAAGAAGGCCGUCUGAGCCCGGAUAUUGUGGCCGAACAAAAGAAGCUAGAAGCCGCAGACCUUGUGAUUUUUCAGUUCCCGCUGCAGUGGUUUGGAGUCCCUGCCAUCCUGAAAGGCUGGUUCGAGCGAGUGCUCAUAGGGGAGUUUGCUUAUUCGUAUGCUGCCAUGUAUGACAAGGGACCUUUCCGGAAGAAGAAGACUGUGCUUUCCAUCACCACUGGUGGCAGUGGCUCCAUGUAUUCCCUGCAGGGUAUCCACGGAGACAUGAAUAUCGUUCUCUGGCCAAUUCAGAGCGGCACUCUGCAUUUCUGUGGCUUCCAAGUCUUGGAACCUCAGCUGACAUACAGCAUUGGCCACACUCCCACGGAGGCCCGAAUUCAGAUACUGGAAGGAUGGAAGAAACGCCUGGACAAUAUCUGGGAUGAGACGCCACUGUAUUUUGCUCCAAGUAGCCUCUUUGACUUAAACUUCCAGGCAGGAUUCUUAAUGAAAAAGGAAGUGCAGGAUGAGUGGAAAAACAAGAAAUUUGGCCUUUCUGUGGGCCAUCAUUUGGGCAAGUCCAUCCCAACUGACAACCAGAUCAAAGCCAGAAAAUGAGACUCACAAGACUCGGUUUCCUUCUAAAGUGUAGCCAAAUCGAGAUUUCUUUUUCAGACUUCCUUGACUUGCUUUAGUCUUUAAGAUUUGUGUUUUUUUAAGAUGUGUUUUUUUUUUUCUUUUUCCACAAGGAAUGACUAGGAGACAGAAUAGACUCUAUUCAUAUAUUUUUGGAUACUUCUAUUAAUUGUAACUGAUUCUUAUGAUUGCUAUCAUGGCAAAAUCUGAUUAGGCUCAAGAGGCCACUUAGGAUAUAAAGCAGGGAAGGAAGUAGAAAGAUGCCAGACAAUAAUCUUUAAGGUCCUCUACACAAUUUAAUUCCUCUCGUUAGGGACAAAUUUUUAGGGCUAAAUCUGGCAAGACAGCAUCCAACUCUUCAAUGAUGUAUUUUUCUUUUAAUUACCUCUCUGUGGCUUACGGCAGAAGGGAAUUGCUCAAAGAAAGAAAUGACUGAAUCUGUCUGACCCAAGGGACUUGUUUGGUAGUUACUAAUCUGUGUUUGUUUAUGAUACUGGUUUUACUUACUGCACAGUGACUAAUAAUACACUUAACGUGUUACUCUUCAACUUUUGUUGUUUGUAUACAGUACCUGCAGAUACCUUCAAAUGAAGAUAAUAAAAGUCUCUUAUCU